CAGCCGACCGACUGUAUUCGUCGACGUUGCAGGAUCACCCAACGACACCGUCCGCCACCCCUUCACGUAUCCCUCCCUCGACAACAGGUGCAUACGUCGUCCAACAUGUCUGAACACGGCGAAGUCGAGGUCGAAAACCCUGCUGCGGCCUUCCAGGUCCUGCCCAAGGAUGCUCUUGCCGAGCAGGGCAGCGUGAAGCUGUUCAACAAGUGGAGCUACGAGGAUGUUGAGAUCCGGGACAUCUCCUUGACCGACUACAUCCAGAUCCGCUCCCCUGUCUACCUUCCUCACUCCGCUGGUCGCUAUGCCGCCAAGCGUUUCCGCAAGGCUCAGUGCCCCAUCAUCGAGCGCCUGACCAACUCCCUCAUGAUGAACGGCCGCAACAACGGAAAGAAGCUCAUGGCUGUCCGCAUCGUUGCUCACGCUUUCGAGAUCAUCCACAUCAUGACCGACCAGAACCCUCUCCAGGUUGCCGUUGAUGCCAUCGUCAACUGCGGUCCCCGCGAAGACAGCACCCGUAUCGGUUCCGCCGGUACCGUCCGUCGCCAGGCCGUCGAUGUCUCUCCCCUCCGCCGUGUCAACCAGUCCAUCGCUCUCCUGACCAUCGGUGCUCGUGAGGCCUCUUUCCGCAACAUCAAGAGCAUCGCCGAGUGCUUGGCUGAGGAGCUCAUCAACGCCGCCAAGGGUAGCUCCAACUCCUACGCCAUCAAGAAGAAGGACGAGCUCGAGCGUGUCGCCAAGAGCAACCGGUAAAGUGGGAACUUUGGGCGUAUUCUCCGUUUGGUUCUGGUUUUGCGUGUACUGGAGUGGACGGGGGGUUCGAUAGGAUUCAGUCGAUUUGCAUGCAUCUGCGCGACUGUACAUACCUGAAAACAGUCACGGGAGGGAGCGAGAUCCUCAAAAAAUGAGAGAAUUGGACGGCUUUCCUUCCACAGUAGUUGAGAUGCGAUCAUGAAGACCUCUGGCUUUCGGAGUCAGAACCUACCAUUUUUUAACUCUAAACGAAAAGAUUUUA